AUGUCUCCCUCCGUUGAGCCCACACAGACAAACGGUGGCGCGACCAAGCAAGCAUCAGAGUGGACACCGACAUCGUGGAGAUCAAAGCCCAUCAAGCAAUGUCCAGACUAUCCCGACGACGCAGCACUGAAGAAGGCCACGGCCGAACUGAGACAACUGCCACCAAUUGUCCAUCCCCAUGAGAUCGACAAGCUCAAGCAGAACCUGCGUGACGUAGCCCGUGGCGAGGCCUUCCUCCUGCAGGGUGGUGACUGCGCAGAGCUCUUCGACUACUGCCGCCAGGAUGCCAUCGAGUCCAAGAUCAAGCUUCUGCUGCAGAUGAGCUUGGUCCUCAUUUGGGGCGCCGACAAGCGGGUGGUGAGAAUCGGUCGCAUGGCAGGCCAAUACGCCAAGCCGAGAUCGAACCCGACUGAAAUUGUGGAUGGCAAGGAGGUGCCUUCGUUCCGUGGUGAUAUCUUGAACGGCUUUCGUCUCGAAGACCGGCAAUUGGAUCCCCAGAGACUUGUCAAAGCCUACAAUCACUCAGCUGCCACCCUGAAUUAUGUGAGAGCCGCAAUCGCUGCCGGCAUAGCAGACUUACACCGGCCUCUGAAUUGGAGUCUGGGACACGUGAAAGAUCCUGACCUGAAGGCCAAGUACACAGAGGCAGUACGCUUCCUCCAGGACAUGCUCCGUUUCAUGCACACCAUCGGAGCAGAUAGGAACUCAAAGCUCGACACCGUUGACAUGUACACGAGUCACGAGGGCUUACUCUUGGAAUACGAAGAACCACUCACAAGGCUGAUGGAGAGCUCGAUUCCAGUACCACCCGGUGCUAACGGAACGCAUGAGAGACGUCAGCAGUACUACAACACCUCGGCGCACUUCCUCUGGAUUGGAGACCGAACGCGGCAAAUCGACGGCGGACAUGUGGAGUUUUUCCGUGGUAUAGCAAACCCCAUUGGUAUCAAGGUCGGUCCCACGACACCUACAACAGACCUCCUGCAACUUCUACGCACGUUGAACCCAGAUCGCGAGGAGGGCAAGAUCACGCUCAUCACCCGUUACGGCGCCGAAAAGGUCAGCUCUCUCCUACCAGGCCAUAUCCGCGCCGUGGAGGGAAGCGAGUACAAGCGCUGCGUCAUCUGGCAGUGUGAUCCCAUGCACGGCAACACCCGGUCGACCGGCACUGGCAUCAAGACUCGACGCUUCAACGACGUCUUCACAGAGCUCCAGGAGACCAUCCGGAUCCACCAAGAGGAAGGGAGCUACCUGGGUGGUAUGCACUUGGAAAUGACUGGGGAUGCCGUGACCGAGUGCUUGGGUGGCAGUGAGGAUCUAGGCGAGGAUGAUCUAUCCACUAACUACACCAGUUUUUGCGAUCCCAGACUCAACGAGAAGCAAGCCCUCGAGCUGGCUUUCCUUGUGGCUGACAACUACCGGAAAGACAGAAGUCUGUGA